AUGCGAAGGUUCCGUGACUGGUCGUAUUCGGAUGCGAAAGCAUCCAAGCUGCAGCGGCUCGAAAGGUUUCGCCGCGCUCUGCCCCAUGUUUCAGGCACGGCCCUAUGCGCCAUCGUUGCCGAAGCGAGGGCAGGCAAUCUCCCCGAGGGCCCCGUCUCGCGACGAGAGCUGCUGCGGUCUCAGAAGGAGGUUUUAAACAAGAGGAACUUGUACGGCACUGUAGGGAAGCGUCUCACGCUCAAAGGUUCGUCGGGCGAGGCGGUAGAUAUCACGUUCGUGUGCCUCCAUUCGUUUUUGCAGCAGGCCUUUGCCGAGAGUGCCGCGUUUAGGGAUUUCAUCGCGUUGCGGCACGGGGCGCGCCCGUCGUCGCCCGAUCGCCCGUGGCGGCUCAUCUAUUACGCAGAUGAGUACAACCCAGGCUUGGAGCUCGUAGCACGACAUGCCCGAAAGCAGUGGAUGACUUACGUCACGUUUGCGGAGUUUGGGGCAGCUGCGAUCGAGCGGGAGGAGUGCUGGAUCACGAUCUCGGCGGCGCUCACGCAGAUAGUUGAUCACCAAGUCGAGUCAGGAUACAGCCAACUUGCUGGGCGACUCCUGCAACACAUCUUUCGCGGUAGCACCGACCCGCAGGCGGCGGGCGUGGUCUUGGAGCACGGGGGCAACCACGUGCAUGUGUUCUUCUGCCUCGGCGGGGUUCUGAUGGACGGCUUGGCCCACAAGAUCAUGUGGGGCACGAAGGGCGACAACGCUACCAGGCUAUGCAUGAAGUGCGUUAACUUGUUCGCCAAGGAUUCCGCGCCUGUUUCUGGGGUGAUCGACGAGCGUGGCGGGGAGUACGCCCUUACUUGUAACAUUACGGACGAUAGCAAGCUUGUCUUCGCCACAGACGAGCAGGUGCACGGAACAGUUGACAGGCUCGCGCGCUUCAAGGCCACGGAAGACCCAGAGAGGUUCAAACUUCGGCAGCAGGCAGCUGGCUUCAACCAUCUGCCCUCUGGGAUUCUCAACAUGCCCGAGCUCAGGGGCGUCGUCAGGCCAGUGACGCACGCAAUGACCGAACCCAGCCGCACCUUACAUAUUGGAGGGGUCAUGAAUACUUUGAUUUUUUUGUAUUUGGAUGGUCUGUACAAGAAUGGUGCCGCAGGCUUGUUUCCAGCGGUUCACGAGUUUCUGAGGACAUGGUCGUGGCCACUUGGCGUUGCCAAAGAUGCCAUUCUGGAUAUUUUCUCGCGCAAGCGCGUCGAGAGCUGGCGAAAGGCAGGGCAUGUGAAGUGCCAGGCUUCGGAGCUGCUGAUGCUCAUCCCCGCCCUUGCCUACUGGGCAGCGGAGUUCGCGCCGGGUCGGCCAGGCACCGAUGCGUUUCUUGCUGGCGUGGAUGUGCACGAGGCAGCGUCGCUCAGGAGCACGAACAGCUGCUCGGGUGCGCAUAUACAGGCAUGCGUCCGACGUUUCUUGGCCGCGUGCGUCGCAGCGGGCUGGGAGGAGAGCAUGCGCCCGAAAUUCCACUGGCUCGUCCAUUUAUCUCGGGAGCAGAUCGUGUCAGCCCUCGUGUGCGAGUCCAAGCACAAAGUUCCGAAGGCGUAUGCCAAGGAACAGUGCAACCUGACAGGCUUCGACGAGAGCGUGUUGUCGAACGUCACGGGGAGGCACAUGUGGCAGCUCGCAGAGACCGACUGCUUCAACUUCGACGCGCGCCUCGAGGACCCCAGGGAGGCGCCACAGAAGUUGCGGGACCUGGUGCGGGCAGAGCUGGACAUGGACAUGCGCUCGCCCGUGGCGACAUCGAUCAAGGCGAGGCUCCGCGACAAGGGGUCGGUCCAGCGCGGCGACGUGGUGCUGGUUGGUCUGGGUGGCAAUAAGGCCGCAGCUGCAGUGGUGGUGUCCUUGUGGGACGUGCGCGGCGUUGCAGGGGCUUUGCUGCGCAUGUACUACGACGUGGUGUCGUGGAGAGAGCGCUCAGCCGCUGCGACGUGGAGAAUCCACGCAGAGCGGCAUUAUGAGCUGCUCGGCCUCGAUAGCGUCAUGUGCACUGUGUGCUCCAGGCAGGCCGAUGGCGCCUUGACCACCCUAGUGCCGAAGCUGUACAGGCACAUGUUCGCGUGA